AUGGAUUACAUUGAGCAGCGCAUGGCCGAGGAGGCGCAGAAGCACGCCAGCCCCAACGACCCCGGCUUGGUCACGCCGCUGAACAUACUCGUCUUGGCCAUUUUCGCAUACACCCUCUACUCGUUCCUCAAGCCGUCGCCGCCGCCGACGCUGCCGAAGGAAGCCCCCGCUACCGUCUUCCAGACCUUCAACCCCCGCACGCUGCUACCGUUCAACGGCGAGAACGGCGCCCCGGUCUACCUCGCCGUCCGGGGCCGCGUGUUCGACGUUACCAGCGGGCGCAACUUCUACGGCCCCGGCGGGCCCUACGCCAACUUUGCGGGACGGGAUGCCAGUCGCGGCCUGGCUUGUGGCAGCUUCGACGAGGAGAUGCUGACCAAGGACCUUGAUGGCCCUCUCGAUACGCUGAGCGACUUGGGCCGGGACGAGAUCGACGCACUACAAGGCUGGGAGGAGAGGUUCGAGAGCAAGUACCUGGUGGUGGGCAAGCUGGUCCCCGUUGGAGAGGAGAAGAAAUAA